GCUGCAUUCAACACCCCCACCUCGAGCGCGACUCGUAGGCGGAGCAUAAUGCAAUAGACACAGAGGCGCAUCUCGCGUAUAAUAACACAAUAGAGAGAGGGGUGCACUCGACGCUAGCCCACACAAACACACACACACGCGCGCGCGCGUAGGAAGUCGAUGCUGACGAGCAAGAGAGAGAGAGAAAGAGAGAACGUGUGCAGUCGGCGGUAGAGGGGACAGAAAGAAAAGAAGAGCAGCUCUACCUGCGUGCAGGGGCCACGUGUGUAUGCGUGCGUCGAAGGGGGAACGUGAGUAGCAGGUAAGCUGGCCGCGCAGCACGAGCCCACCUCACGAUCAGUCGGCUUGAGGAGCCACCACCGGACGCAUCGCUCUGUCUCUUGUCUGCCGAUGCUCGUGACCAGCUGACAGAGAGUAUAAUAUCUCUACCCUAUUCGCGUGUACACCGCUGACUUUGUGCGCUCAUCUUUUGUUUUCUCUCUCUCUCUCUCUCUCUCUCUCUCUCUCUCUCUCUCUCUCUCUCUUUCGAUCGCGACACACGUGUACUUCGCUCGAGUUUGUCUGUACCGGACCUGUGUUAACGCUAUACGUCGAUUCCGCGAACUCUGGACUUUGUGAACGAUCUUGUUGGGACCAGCGAGAGAUAAUGCUCCGAUGACGGCUCGAGGAGGAUUCUGAGAGAGGAUACACCGGCCGUUUCGAAGAGACAUGUGUGAAGCAGUGCCGCAGACGACUUGGAACAUGAAAGCGGAACUGGAGAGCAGUGCGGCGGCGAACGCGAUGGUCGGCGUACCGGCGGGUGCGCUCUCGCCCCCGGCGACCUUAUCACCACCGAGUAGUCCCUCGGUACACCCCCACUGUCCCUGGAGUCCUGGCGCUGGAAGUGUCCUCGGCCAACACCACGACAGGAUCAGCGCGUUCAGCCUAGUGAACGGCUACGCCGCGAGAGACCUGCCGACGCUACCCGCCAACAGAGCGGCGGAGAUGCGCUGCAACCUGAUGUACGCGGGCGGCUACGGAAGCGUUGCGGCCGCCUGGUGGGCCCAUCACGCGGUCGCCGCGGGCCUGCUGUUACCGCACUCGGCCUUCCCUCAGCAGCAGCAGCAGCAGCAGCAGCAGCAGCAGACGAGGCUGGAUCUCGCUGGGCCACUGGCUGGCCAGCCGAUGCACGCCGCUGGACCGCCCAGCCCGGCCAUGGGCUGCUCCUCGCCCACGAGGAGGUUCACGCCCGAGAAGGCAAAGUUCCAGGAGGAAGUGCCCCUGAACCUGAGCACGAAGCCCAGCGACCUGUCCUCCCGGGUGAGCGUGAGCAGCACCAGCAGCAGCAGCAGCCAGAGCAGCAGUAGCUUCGGCGCGGCUCUGCUCAAUUCCGGCCGCAAGAGCGAGAUCUGGUCCCCGGGUUCCGUCUGCGAACGCGAGGCUCGAGAGACCACGACGACGACGACUUUGGGCGGCAAACGCAACCGCUCGACGUCCUCCGGCCACAGCUCGCCGACGAGGACCGGCAACGAGAGCCCCGUCGUCGUCAGGCAGAAACACCAUCACUCGCCGCUCACCCCGCCGUCCACGGAGCGCACUUUCCAGUGCAAACAGUGCGGCAAGGCGUUCAAGCGAUCCAGCACGCUGAGCACCCAUUUGCUGAUUCACUCGGACACGCGACCCUACCCCUGCCAGUACUGCGGCAAGAGGUUCCACCAGAAGUCCGAUAUGAAGAAGCACACCUACAUCCAUACCGGUGAGAAGCCGCACAAGUGCGUGGUCUGCGGCAAGGCCUUCUCCCAGAGCAGCAACCUGAUAACGCACAUGCGCAAGCACACCGGCUACAAGCCCUUCCAGUGCGGCCUCUGCGACAAGGCGUUCCAGCGUAAGGUCGACCUGCGCCGACACCGCGAAGGUCAGCAUCCGACGGCUCCAGCCCUGGACUAUCGUUCUCUCAAAGUGCCGGCCAACUGCAGCGCGAGCUCGACUCCGAGCAUCGCCGCACAGGAGCCUUAUCACAGUCCCGUCAGUUCUGCCGGUAACAGCUGAGAGGACGAUCGCUAAGGUCUGGUACAUUAUACACGGCCACGGCUCGAAUACUUACACACCGAUUUUUUCUUUCUCGAAUGAAUAUCACGGAUCUAUACGCGAGCGCUGAAGGAGAAGCGAGAAAGCGCAGCUGAAUGAGAGAGAGAGAGAGAGAGAGAGGCUUUUCUCGGAAGGCGUUUCUCGAGCCUCGUGCGGCUUUUCCGUAUGGCCUCUUCUCUCGCGGCGCCGGUGCCUAGCACCUGUUGAGGAGAUACCGAUCUUUUUCGCCCCACUUCGAGCGCGCGCGCGCGCGCGCUGCACACGCCGGCUCUACUCCACCCCGUUAUACUCGAUUAUCUUUCGUGUCUUGGGUAUGUUGCACAACCGAUUGUUUCUAUUUUCGUUUUUUAACUAUCCGGCCUUAAAGUGCCUUAUCGAGUGCUAGUAGAGCCGCGUGAAAAUUCCAUGUCUGCAAUAUUGAUUGAUACGUUUAUUAUUAUGUAUAGACGUCGGAGUUGUUGCGUGUAUAAAUUUUCUCAAAUUUCAACGACGCGAGCGAGACGUUGUAAUUUUACCAGUGAGCUGCACGAUGAAGAGGUCUCCAGUAUACAUAUAUUUUUUUAGCAAAAUUAUAUACAUACAUAACCGAGAAGAAGUGCUCUUACGGACUUGAUAUGUAUAUGUGUACACACGCGUGUUCCCUUAUAAUGACACAUAUGGCAUUCCACCGAUUUGUAUAAUCUCUAUCGUAU